CUUUCAUCGUGUUUCGUGGAGCAAAUCUACAAACACAAGCAACCUCUCUCUAUCUCUCUCUCUCUCUCUCUCUAUCUCUCUCCCAAUUAAAAUAAAACGCACUCUUUCUCUCUCCCAAUUCCCCCAUCUUCUUCUUUCUCCAAAAACCCUAACCCCAUACGAACUUUUGAGGUUCAGGAGUGGAGCUUCCACUUCACCGGUCCACCUCCGCCACCAACCAUAUCGUGGGUUGUUGGAUCCUACCUUCCGGUGGCUUUUCAGAUUGUGAGUACACCACAAGAACCGCCCGCCGCCGCCGCAGCAGAAGCAGCAGCACAUCAUUUUCUGCACCCGUGAUUUAUAUAUAUAUUUGUGUGUUUAAUCAUGGAUUCUGGGAGUAGUGGGAGUGUACAAAGCUCAAGCGGUGCCGAAGAUGAGUAUGAUUCACGCGCUGAGGGUUUCUUAAACUAUCCGUCACUGCAUGUCGGUCCCAUCCCUAAGCCUAACCCAUCACCACCACCAUCCCUACAUUCCUCCUCCUUCGACCCUUUCUCCACCUUCCUCGAUCCUCCACCUUCCCGAUCAUCCCCAAAUUCCCUUCUCAAUCUCCACCCUUCUUGGCCCACUAACCCGAGAUCCGACCCCAACCCGAUCCAAUAUCCAGCGUCCAUGACCAUCACGCCCGAUAUCCAAUUGCAAACCCCAACCCAAGUCGUUCACAGCAACAACAAUAACAAUACUGCCACCGUUCGUAACCCGAGGAAGCGAACCCGAGCCUCGAGGCGAGCUCCCACCACCGUCCUGACCACCGAUACCACCAAUUUCCGAGCCAUGGUCCAGGAAUUCACUGGGAUUCCUGCACCACCCUUCCAGCCGCCCUCCUCCUCCUCUUUCCCUAGAGCCCGGCUUGAUCUUUUUGCCGGCGCCUCCACUUCCUCCCCACCGUACCUACUCCGUCCAUACCCCCAAAAGCUAUCCCCCUUUCCUUCAACUAAUUCCCUUUUUUCUCCCUCCUCCAUUUUCAAUCUCCCGCCCCCACCUCCACCACUCCAACAACCCAACAUUAACCUCCUCCGCUCCCACCUCCAUCCUAAUCCGCUGCAUCUGCCUCUCCCUGAAGACUUCCUUUCUGGGAUCGUUAGAGACGGCGGUGGGAAUAAUGCUCCGGCAAAUUGGGGCAGUGGCACCGUCGACGGUGGUGGAGGAGGAAUACCGUCCGAUCAAGAUCUAAUUGGGUCUACGAAUGUGACGUGUAGGAAUGAAGGACACGCCAGAUCCGACGUCGUUUUGAGCACGAUUGUGGUCCAUCUCACCUUGACGUCAUGGUUUCGUGGGGUUGGGGCCCACUUCGAGCGGGAAAUCCACGUAAGGCUUCAGGAAAAAGCGGAGAGAUACAAUCACAUGUUGCCGUUCUCAGAAAUGGUCCCCCACGUGGAUCUGCAGAUUCAAUCAUGAGAGUUCAGUUCGCUA